CCCGUCCCGACCCGAGUCCCCGCCCUCCUCCACCUCUCCUUCAACCAAGACUACGGCUGUUUCGCCAUCGGCACCGACUCCGGCUUCCGCAUCUACAACUGCGACCCGUUCCGCGAGAUCUUCCGCCGCGACUUCGGCGCCGCACGCGGCGGGAUCGGCUUCGUCCAGAUGCUCUUCCGUUGCAACAUCCUCGCCCUCGUCGGCGGCGGCCCCGAUCCCCAGUACCCCGUCAACAAGGUCAUGAUCUGGGACGAUCACCAGUCCCGCUGUAUCGGCGAGCUCUCCUUCCGCUCCGAGGUCAAGGGCGUCCGCCUCCGGAGGGACCGGAUCGUCGUCGUCCUCGUGCAGAAGAUCUUCGUCUACAACUUCGCCGACCUCAAGCUUCUCCACCAGAUUGAGACCAUCGCCAACCCUAAGGGCCUCUGCGAGGUCUCCCAUGUCUCCAGCCCCGUCGUCCUCGUCUGCCCUGGCCUCCAGAAAGGUCAGGUCAGGGUCGAGCACUACGGCUCCAAGAGGACCAAAUUCAUUAUGGCUCAUGAUUCCAGAAUCGCCGCUUUCUCGCUCACGCAGGAUGGCAGAUUGCUUGCCACGGCUAGUAGUAAGGGGACUUUGGUUAGGAUUUUCAAUACCUUGGAUGGUUCUUUGCUCCAAGAGUUAGUCCAAGUG